AGCUUGAAGAACUAGCAUAAUCUAGAGAGCUGGUACAGUAAAUUGUCAUCUCAUUGUAAACAUAAUGAUUCAUUUACUUAAAGAAAUAAUACAAUUUGAAAUAAUAACAAACGCGUAGCUUCCUAUAUAAUUUAUUGUUAAUGAGAAUGAACUCUUUUUAACUAAUGUUCAAAAAUUUGUUCCACACUGGGACUCAAAGGAGAAUCUGAGCUUCCUGAUUGGUUUAAAUAUGAGAGCUUACAAAAUGUCAGAUGUUGAGAAUUUCAUAAACAUACCUUCAGUUCAUAUGAUCAUUGGUCAUCGUAUAUUGUGAGAAUUUGGCAAACGAAUUUGUCAAUUAAUAAUUCGUUUCGACAGGAUUCAUAACGUUAUUCUUUAUAUGAAAAGGAAACGCCUGUUACGAUAGUAAUGACUGAAGGAGCUGAAAAAACUUCUGCAGAUUUCUUAAAUGCAGAGGGACUGUUAAAAAAUAGAGGUAUCAGACAUGAAGCCUGGGGAGAAUGGGAGAAGUCCUCCAGAGUCCUUCCGAAAACUGGUGAAAAGCAAUUUGAACCAAAUAACUCGUGGCUUCAGAAUAAACAAAUAGAGAAAGGCCUUACCAAUCGCAAAAACUUGCUUAAUAUACAGAGGGUGGAACGUAACUCUCAAUUAGCAACUGCUAUAUGGUUGGAACAUGAGAAGAAAGCUCAGGUCAUUAAAAAAUCAAGACAGGACUGGAGUUGUUUUGGCACAGAAACAAAAAAAGGAUUGCUUUUGACACCAGAAGAGACCUUGAUACUCAUAGAGCUGAAUUGCUUGGAGCUUACUUGGGAUAAUGUAGUUUUAUCGGUACAACAAGCUUAUGAAAUUUUAAUUGAAGAAGAUGAGUCACAAUGUACCAUAGAUGAAUACAGAGCUUACAGCCAUCUAGUCAAACAAGGCUACAGAGUGCAACGAUAUUGUCGAGAUCUUUGCACAUCAUCUGUGAGUGGUUACGUGAAGUGGGUGAGGAUGACAAGGAAUGUGUAUGAAAGGAAAAAAUUUAUUGUGAAUCCCAUAAAUGGAUUACGAAUGAAUGAUGGUAAUUCUGAAAAGGAUAUCAAGGAGAAGGAGCAAAAGGAUUUAUCAAUAGCCAACUUGGUCAGUGAUGUAAAGGGUUUAAUAGAUGACAUGAUUAAUGAAAUAGAACAGGAAAAGACUGAAUCACCAAAAGUAGAAGAAACAUUACAAACCAAUGAUUCUUUAACAUUGAAACUAACUGAGGCAAAUGCUGUAUUAGAUACACAGCAAAAAGACUGUUGUGUACAAGAACUCCCAGGUCCCAGCAAUGUGCAUCAAGCAAAUUCUCUAAAUAAUAAUGGAAGAAGGAUAAAACCAAAAAUUGGAAUUAUUUCAGAAGAAACUGUUUUGGAACCAGUUAGAUUGAUAAAAUGUAGUCCAGGUGAUAAAGCUGUUCUUGGAAAUUCAGCUCAAAAAUGGCCAGGCUCUCGUAUACAAAGAAAUGUAAAACUGUUGCCUAAAAGAAACGAUAAGGUUAAUGUUACAGCUCCUGAUGAGCUCCCAGAUAUUACAAUGGUACAUGACUUAGAGUCCUUAAACAGUUCUCCAUGUUCUCCAGAGAAGCGUAAGGAGUGUCCAGUGAGUUCGGUAUUGUCGCAAAAUAAAAGAUCUAAACACGAGGUUAUAGAACUAUCGGAUGACGAGGUUGAAGAAAUUCCACACAGCAUGUCCCGCAUGGAGAUGUUGAACUUCUUACCAAAUAUUGCAUCGGAGUCUAUUAUCACAGAAAAGAUAUCAAGAAGAUACUUGCCGCAGAAUGUCAGGCCCCAAAAUAAUACCUAUCAAUAUGUACGAUGGAAGAUGUACAAUAUUCAAGAAGCAGAUAAAAGAAUACGAAUGGGUUUUAAAACAGGAAGGACAGAAAUUGAAGCAACAAAUAGUGUGGAAAAUCAAAAUAAUAAUAUCACACUUGAAACUAGUGUACCUGGAAUAGAAAUGGUCACUUGUAAUAAUCAAAAUCAAAAUGAAGAGCAAGGUUUUACAUGUCUAUUAUCCGCAGUGAUGAAUGUAGCAAGGUCUAUAUUGCCAGCAUAUAUGCAGCAGACUAAUACUCAUCUACAAAGACAUCGAAUGCUACGAUAUAUGAACAGAAUGCCAUCAUAUCAAACCCAGAGGUAUUCUAUACCAACAAGAUAUUUUCAAGGGAAUAUUUCUAAUAAUCCAGUCCACAUGAGGCAUUUCAGGUCACAUCAUAAGGGAUUUCCAAAUAAUCCUUCAUCUCUAGAACAUCAUAGACCUUCUUUUCCGAUGGUCCAUCGAAAUUACAAUCUGGGGAUACCAACGGCUCAAUCAUCCUACUUUUAUCCAACAGUGUGGCAUAAUAAUUUCCAACAGUAUCAUCCAUCUCCAACUGCUCCAUUACUUUACCAAAAUGGAAUGUUUCUGAGCCAACAAUCUUCUCAACAUCAAGGAACUUUUUCUCUUCGGACGCCUCGCAAUCCACAAAAUAAUCAUGGACCCCAAGCUACGACGUCUGAAACAAGUCUUAAGAAUAAUCAAAAUGGCCAUCAUCAUUUUGGAGAUGAUAAGGAUAAUAAUAACCAGCCAUCGUUUAUUAAACUGCCUGGUGCUUCCUCGUGGACGGAAUUAAAGAAGAAAUGGAUCGACGAGAAGACUAUUAUUAUAGAUGAUGAAGAACAUAGUGAAACCCAGGAUGAUAUGGAUUGUAGUGAGGUACAAGUUAUUAAUGAAACUACUAAACCGUUAGUAACUCCGAAGAACGUUAACAGCAUUCCUGAAGUUUAUGAGAAACUUCAAAUAAUAAAAUCAGCUUCUGAAAAAAGUAUUAGACGAAGAAGAUGUGACUAUAAAAUAUCAUAUAAUGUGUAUUCGAGUACACAGCCAUUCAAGAAGAGCUGCCCUGGUGUCCCUAUUUUUAGGGUGGUAGUUACAAGUAAAAGAGAUGACGCUAUUAUACAGCCAGCAGAUCUGAUUCAAUUACAACUUGAUGGAGAAGAUGUACCUAUUAUUGUAGCAUAUGUGUCUGGCUCCUCCAUCUCAUUCACACAGUGUGGAGUUGUUUCGAUACCCAAUUUAAUUAGUGAUUAAGUUCAGCUUUUUAAUGGAAUACAAUGAUAGGAUGAGAAUCGUAUCAAAUAUAUUGCUAAUGCAAAUACCAUUCGACUGGGCAGUCUUAAAACUUAUAUUAGUCUUUAAAAAAGAAAAAAGCUUUCAUAUUGAUAAAGAUAAAGAUUCAUUGUUACAAAACAUGAAAUUAUGCAGUAUUUAAUAGUAUAAGUAUCUCGAGUUACUGUUCAGGAGGACUGUGUUAGAUAAUCAUACUAAACGUGUUUUUGAUACUCUACAUUUUCUGUUUAUUUUAAACUACCUUCCUUCCUUUCCUUAUGGCUGUAUCCCCAAUGGGGGACAUGUGCCAGUAACUGGUCCUAAUAAUAAUCAAGGUUGGAAGUUCGACAACAGA